AUGGAGGCGAAGAAGAGGGCGGCCACCAUUGCCGCCCUUUGCAUGCUCCUCAUCAUGUCAGUGCCAUCCCAGCAGAGGGUGGCCACCAUGUCCUUCUGCGACUGUUACCGGCAGUGCUACCCCGGGUGCAGGCAGAGCGUCCCUUGGUGGCUCUGCAACGUCAACUGUGCUGGCAACUGCGACGUCGGCGACAGGGAGGACGCCCUUGCCGCGUGCAUCAUGGUCUGCAGCACGGACUCCGUCUGCGGCCCACCGGUGAUGGCACCAACCUAUGCACAAGGUGUUGCGGAUUGUAUAGCGGAGUGCAACAAGAGGUGGGGGCAAUAA